AUGGUGUCCCUGAUUGACCACGUCUUGAAGGGCGCCCGUUGCUUGGUUAGCACCGUGGCCACCUUGCAGGAGGCCUCGGGGCUGCAGAUCCUGGCCCUGCUUGGCGUCUUAGGUGCCUCCGCCAGCUUUGCCGCCGCGCAGGAGCGGCUGCAGGGCCGCUGGCGCCAGUGGUGGCUCCUGGCGCUGUUGCUCUUUCUCCUCUUCUGUGUCACAGGCCUCAACGUGCUGCUGAGUUAUGUCUUCCGUGCCAUCGACAACGUUUUAGUUGAGAAGAACGCUACGGAGUUCUACGCCCAGUUGGGUGUGUUUGGUGCUGCCUUGGCGGUCGCCGUGCCUGUGAUCAGUGGCUACCGCUAUGUCCGGCUCACCCUAGGCAGGAGCUGGCGGCAGGCUUUGACCGAGCUGUUCCUCGCGAAGUAUCUGCAAAACCGCUCCUUUUACCUGCUUGACUCGAAUUCGCAGAGCACCGACGUGGACAACCCAGACCAAAGGAUUUCGGAGGACGUUGAUUACUUCACCAAAGUCACACUGGACUUCUUGUUGGACAUUCUGGACAGCGUGCUGAACCUCAUCUCCUUCUCCGCAAUCCUUUGGACCACGUCGCAGACCCUCACUGGGGCUCUAGCUGUGUACGCUCUGCUGGGCACCUCCUUGGCCGUUUUCCUGGGAGGUCGCCUGGUCGGCCUCAACUACGAGCAGAUCCGCUUGCAAGCGGACUUUCGCUACAGCUUAGUGCAUGUGCGGGACAAUGCCGAAGCUAUUGCAUUCUAUGGCGGAGAGAAGCGCGAACAGGGCGAGGUCACAGCAAAGCUGGGCGCUGCCUUGUCCAACUACGACAAGCUGAUCAUCUGGGAAACCGGGCUGGAUGCCUACCAGCAGGCUUUCUUCUAUUUGGCUCGGCUUGUGCCGUACUUCGUCCUGGGUGGUCUGUACUUCUCCGGCCAGGUGGACUUUGGGACCCUGGGGCAAGCGCAGUUCGCCUUUAGCAUGGUCCUCAGCUCUGUCACCAUCAUCGUAUCUCGGAUACAGGACAUCUCCCGUUUCUCGGCCGGGAUCUCCCGCUUGGGAGCCUUCUGGGAGGCACUGACGGAGCCCCAAGAGCCAGAGGCGGCUCGAAUCUCUACUGUGGAGGGCUCGGGGCUGCAGAUGCAGAAGAUGACGCUCUUCACCCCGGAUGGCUCCCGCCUCCUGUUGAAGGACCUCGACAUGGCCCUUGCAGAAGGACGCCAGCGGCGGCUCCUGGUGGUCGGGAGCAGCGGCAUCGGCAAGAGCUCGGUGCUGCGAGCUGUCGCCGGACUCUGGAACCGAGGCGAAGGCACCAUUGUGAGACCUCCGUCCUCGCAGAUGCUUUUCCUCCCGCAGAGGCCUUACAUGCCUUUGGGAGAUCUGCGCACCCAGCUUCUGUAUCCAUCAGAAGGUACUCUCGGUGAUCAGUCGGAUGAAAAGCUUGAAGAUGUGCUGGACCGCUUCGGCCUCCGGGAUCUGCCGGGGCGCUUUGAGGGCGGCUUCAGCGCGGUGCAGGACUGGUCCCGCGUCUUGUCCUUGGGUGAGCAGCAACGCCUGGCAGCAGCGCGCUGCCUGACGACGCAGCCGCGUUUCGUCGUCUUGGAUGAGGCCACAAGUGCCUUGCCAUUGGCUGCUGAGAGGACCGUCUAUGAGCAGUUUGCCUCAGAGCCCCGCAUCGAAGGCUAUGUCAGCGUGGGACACCGCGUCAGCUUGGCAAAGUACCAUGACGUGGUCCUGGAGCUUCAGGGCGAAGGGCGAUGGCGUCUUAUGACGCCUUCGGAGUACGAGGCCACGGCCAGCGCGAGGUGA